AUGGAAUCUUUCAACUCUCUAAACUCGAAAUCAUUUUUAGAAUCCAUUAAGGACCCCAGAAAAUUCAAGCAAUUUUUGAAGAACAAUUAAAAAGAAUUAUUAUAGUGGGGCACAUUCGUUUUCAUUACAAUUUUUGUAUUUUUGUUCUUCAGCAGCGGUGAUUUCUCAUUCAUUCUCACUCUUAGCUCUCUAGUUUAGACAUUUGGCUUCGUUUUACUCGUUUGGAAAGUAUUCAGAUCUCGUUCAAUUAGCGGUUUAUCUAGAAAUACACUCGUAUGCUACUUUGUCUGCAUACUUUCUCGUUUAUUUUCAAUUAUGAGAUACGAAGGAUAUCUUCCUUAUGAUGCCACUGGAGAUUUUGUCUAUAGAAUCACUGAAAUUAUUACCUUUGUCUGCUGCUGUAUUUUGCUUUAUUUCAGCUUCGUUUUGUAUAAAGCAACUUAUAACUGGGACAUAGACACCUUCUAAUGGUACUACUUUGUUAUUCCCUCAUUCCUUCUUGCUCUUUGCAUCCAUCCUUCUCUCAACCUUAGAUUCUACGCUGAUGUCGCUUGGACUUUCGGCUUAUAUUUGGAAAGUUUCGCUAUGUUCCCUCAACUUGACGUAUUUAGAAAGAAAGGAGGAGAAAUUGAAAGCUAUACCUCUCACUACGUAGCCUCAUAAACUUUGUCAAGAAUCAUGCAAUUUAUUUUCUGGGUUUUCUCAUUCAAAGAGUUGAAUGAAACCAUUAACAGUUCUUCCUUCUUCCCCUCCUAUGUAGGUUUCUUUGUUUUAAUCGCCCAAAUUAUCUAAAUUGCUCUUACAGGUGAUUUCCUUUACUUCUACAUUACCUCCAUUAAGCAAGGUAUCCCUCUCACUCUACCUUCAUAUGUUAUUUGA